AAUUAUUAAUAAUUACACAUAAUUUGAUAAUUGUAAUUUGAAUGUUUCAUUUCCAAAAUCCAAAUCAUCUAUAGUGAUUACGAUUAGUGAAACUAAACACUUUGAAGUAGAGGUAAAGAAUUAAGAAUCUGUUAUUUAAUCUAGAUUAUUAUUCGAUUAUGCUGAAUUAAUAAAUAUUAUAAUCAUUGCCUUUGAGGGCUCGUGAAUUUUUUUUCAACUAAAGUAUGGAGAUUAACAUUGCCGAUGUUAACUUCAGAAUAUAAACUGUGAUAUUAAAGAAAAUAAGGUACCGGCUUUUUGUCAAGGUAAUUAAAACAAUAGUCAAUAGUUAUUGGGUUAGAAUUAUUAUUAUGACACAAAGUAAACAACGUCUAUCAGUUAAGAACAUAAAAUGUUAUAAAAAUAAUGAUUUAAAUAAUUUAGCUAUACUUGUGCCAUAUUGUUAAGGUAUUUUCAAUUAAAGCACAGAAUAAUUAUUUAGUUAAUAAUAUGUUUAAUAAGUUGCUAGAAUUUAUAGUAGAGUUCUAACCCAAUCAUAUAUUAUUCUCAUUUGAAAGGAAAUGCUUUUAUAGAAGGUGACAUUUAAUAUUGAGAUGCCCAAAGAAGAGGGAAGAAAAGAAUCUUCUGAGGGGGAAGAUAUUCCCAGUGACUUUUUUGAUGACUUUUGCAAAGAUGAUUUUAUGGAAGUUAUUGAUAGUUGGAAUGAUGAUACUAAGGAUUCCCGACCAACAAUCAAUGAAAAGGCUCUUGACAAUGUUGAUGAUUUACGAGAGCUGAUACCAAACCAAAACAGGAAAAACUCACGCAGCAAACAACACAGUCCACAUGAAACAGAGUAUGAAGAAGAACGUUUGAAUGAAUACAUACGCCCUGGAAGUCGUCGGGAUCCUAAUAAGACAAAACAAGCAAUAAAGAGAGACAAGGAAGUUAAAGUUAAAGAACUUCUUGCGAAACAUCUAGAAUCCAUGGAUGAUAUAAGACCACCAGGGACUGAAUUGGAUGAUUAUUUUGAUGAAAGCAGAAACAGCGAAAAAAAGAAAUUCGUUGAAGAAGUAACCAGGAGACAUAUGAGUGAGAAACGACCCCGGUCACCAUCCCCCAUGAAGCAUGCAGUGGAAAGAAGAAAAGACUCGCCAAGGAAUCGUCGCGAAUCACCUUUAAGAAAACGUAGAGAUUCACCAUUCAGGCAUCGUAGGGACUCGCCGCUAAAAUUUCGUCGAAUAUCACCAAGACACAAUCGUGAUUCACCAGUGCGGAUUCGACGUGACUGGUCGCCAAAACGCCGAGAAAUACGAGGAUUUCGAUACCGCGGACACAGUCGUCUCAGCCCUAGUUACAUUUCGCGCCGACCUCAUGUUUUACAUCGGAGCCCACGACGAAGCCCAAAGAGAUAUCAGAGUCCAGAUUUAAGGCGGGAACGCCCAUCAAGAUCACCAUACAAGCGUUAUAAAUCGCGUUCUAUUUCACAGUCCCGAAGAGAAGAGAUUAAGGAUCAUGAUGAUCAAUAUUUAUAUGCUGCAUCGCAAUAUGUGCAAAAUACUGGAACGUCAUAUCAGCGGCCUCCAGAAAGUUUUGCUGCAUACACAGAACCAUACUACCCUCCUGAAGCCGUGCCACAACCAGUUCCUGCUCCAACCAACUCUAUGCCAGCACCUAAUAUGGUUCCUGCACCUUUUCAAAUGUCAUCUGGUAACUUACAAAAUCUGGACAUAAAUUUAACUACACAGUGUGAUGCUUUGGCUAAGUUGGUUGCUGAUGGAAAACUUUCACAUGAAGAUUAUUUAAAACUAGCACCAAUUAAAGUGCUGAAUCGCUGUAGGAUAGCAAUGGAAACUCUUUGUAAAUUGGGACUGCCAAAUCGUUUGCUCAUGAACACUAGGAUCAAACCUCAAAAGGAGGAGAAGCUGACAACACAAUGUCCUGUCAAGAAGUUUUGCUCCCCUCUCAAAAGGCAGGGUGCAGUCGAGUAUCAUUUCUCCAAAAGUAGUCAAUCAUUGAUGGUUCAACGCAACAAGGAGAUCAUAGAUUCAAUCAUCUCAGCAUUAUCUUUGGAAAAGAUUGUUGCAAAGCCAAAGAAGGUGCGGAAAGACAUGAGGGAUGCUUCAGUACAGACAACAUUGCCUGUUUGUGAUGUGUGUGAUAUUCGUGAAUCAACCAAGUUUAGUGAUAUGAGUACAUCAAUAAAUCCUGAAUAUUUUUCAUCCUCGGUACACACUCAAGUGAUUGAAGAAGACUUGUAUAGCUCCAAAUCAAUGUUCAACCCAAGUGGCAGCAGCAGCAGCGGCCCGCCAAUCUCCAUAGCUCAUCUGACACCUGCGCAACUUGUCUCCCAGCUAGCAGCAAGAGCCAAGACCUUGAAGCAUACAGACACUUCACAUUCAGCUCCUAGAAGAAAUUUUGAUGAUUACCAUAGAGGUGGUAAUCAAUAUCAAAAUUCAAACUAUAAUAAUUAUCGAUAUUAAUAAUGUAUUUCGAUUGUAAAACAAAUUAAGAUUUCAUAUGAUAUGAUAAUAAACAAUUCUUAUUUGCA